CGGCAGUCGGCGGGAGGAGGGGCGUGCAGAUCUGGGUGGCUCAAUGCGGCGGGGGCCAGUACUACUUACCCCAGUAGUACCUCGCCGCUCCGCCCCGGAGUGACGCCCUCCGCCCAUGGGCCUGGCCGAGGGCAACCGGCGGGCGGCGCGGAGGAGGCGGCGGCGGCAGGUGGCGCGCAGCAGGGCCGGAGCCGGGCCGGGCCAUGGCCGCCUCGGAGCGGCUCUACGAGUUGUGGCUGCUGUACUACACUCAGAAGGACCUGGGUUACCUGCAGCAGUGGCUGAAGGCCUUUGUCGGCGCCUUCGAGAAGAGCAUCUCCAUCUCAUCUCUGGAGCCACGCAGGCCAGAGGAGGCCGGUGCAGAGGUGCCACUGCUGCCGCUGGACCCGCUGCAGGUGCUGGCCGAGCAGCUGGACGAGGGGGACCUGGAGCAAACUCUGCUGCUGCUGAAGCUCUUCAUUGUCCUCUGCAGGAACCUGGACAAUGUGGAGGCAGGCUGGGGCCGGGUGCUGGUGCCCCGCGUGCUGGCCUUACUGAGCCGGUUGGUGGCCAAGCUGAAAGGAUCCCCGCCACUGCAGGAGGGCCAGGGCCCCAAGCUGGAGGAGGUAGCCCUGCAUGCCCUCCUCCUCAGCGAGGGCCUCUUCGACCCCUACCAGACCUGGCGGCGCCAGCACAGCGGGGAAGUCAUCAGUGCCAAGGAGAAGAGCAAGUACAAGUUCCCUCCCGCUGCCUUGCCCGCUGAAUUCAGAGGCUUCUUUCCAGAGAGCCUGCAGGAUGCAGAUCGCCUGCCUCCCACGCUGCUGCUGCGUCUCAUCCACCUCUUUGGCGCCAUCCUUGCCGGAGGGACGGAGAAUGGGCAGGUGGCCGUGAGCGCCGGCUCCGUGCAGGGCCUGCUGGAUGUGGUGCAGGGCUGCGGCCGUGGGCCGGCCCCGGACUCCCGCCAAGUGUCGCUGGCGCUGGAGGCGCUGGUGGGUGCGGCACACGUUCUGCACGCCAGCCGCACACCCCACCGAGUGCCAGAGCUCCGCACGCUGCUCGAGGGCUACUUCCGAGUCCUUAAUGCCGACUGGCCGGCGGGGCCCAACCCAGGCCAUGAAGAGGCCCUUGUCUCCCUCCGAGUCAGCAUGCUCGAUGCCAUCCCCAUGAUGCUGGCCUGCGAGGACAGGCCGGUGCUCCAGGCCACCUUCCUCAGCAACAAUUGCUUUGAACAUCUCAUCCGCCUCAUCCAGAACAGCAAGCUAUACCUGCAGGCCCGGGCGCCCCCUGAGGGGGACAGUGACCUGGCUACCCGGUUACUGACCGAGCCCGAUGUCCAGAAGGUGCUGGACCAGGACACAGAUGCCAUCGCCGUCCACGUGGUCAGAGUGCUGACCUGCAUCAUGAGCGGCUCCCCCUCGGCCAAGGAGGUGUUCAAGGAGCGCAUUGGCUACCCACACCUGCACGAGGUCCUGCAGAGCCACGGCCCCCCCACCCAUCGGCUGUUGCAAGAGCUGCUCAACAUGGCUGUGGAGGGCGACCACAGCACGUGCCCACCAGCACCCAUCCGCAACGAGCAGCCGGUGCUGGUGCUGAUGCGGUGGCUGCCGGCGCUGCCCACGGCCGAGCUGAGACUCUUCCUAGCACAGCGCCUCCGGUGGCUCUGCGACAGCUGCCCCGCCAGCCGCGCCACGUGCGUGCAGGCCGGCCUGGUGGGCUGCCUGCUGGAGACGCUCAGCGUGGGGGAAGCCCUGGGGGCCCGCUGCCAGGAGCAGCUGCUGGCGCUGCUGCAAGCAUUGGGCCGGGUGUCACUAAGGCCCUUGGAGUUGCGUCGCCUGCUUCGCCCCCCACCGGGGCUGGACUCGGGGCCAGGCGGAGCUGAGGCGGGGCAGGCCCGACACGCGGGCGCCAUCAUUCGAGCAUUAUCGGGCAUGGCCCGGCACGAGGGCCCUGCGAGAGCCCUCCACUACUUUGACCUCACGCCCAGCAUGGCGGGCAUUAUGGUGCCCCCGGUGCAGCGAUGGCCAGGAACCGGCUUCACCUUCCAUGCCUGGCUCUGUCUGCAUCCCGCGGCUGCGGCCCCCACCCAGGCCCCCUCCCGGCCACUCCAGCGGAAGCAGCUGUACAGCUUCUUCACCAGCAGCGGCUCGGGGUUUGAGGCCUUCUUCACGGCGGCUGGGGCCUUGGUGGUGGCCGUGUGCACGCGGAAGGAGUACUUCACCUUGAGCUUGCCUGAUGUGACCUUCGCCGACUCUGCCUGGCACUGCGUGACUGUCGUCCACGCGCCCGGGCGCCGGAUUUUCAGCCAGAACCUGGCGCACGUCUACAAAGACGGCAUUCUGGUCAAGACUGCAUCCCUCCGCUGCCCCUCCCUCAGUGAGCCUUUCUCCUCCUGCUGCAUCGGCUCCGCUGGGCACCGCACCACGACCACCACCACGGGGCCGCCGGCACCGCCAGUCCCCACUGCCCUGGCUCACGCUCACCCCUCCCUCACCCGCUCCCAGUCCGUCCCGGCCACCACGGAGCUCGGCCGGGGGUCUGGGCUGACGGCCCCCCUGCAGGAGGGCAGCAUCAGCUCCACCCUUGCAGGCACGCAGGACACGCGCUGGGGCAGCCCCACCUCCCUGGAGGGCGAGCUGGGGGCCGUGGCCAUCUUCCAUGAAGCCCUGCAGGCGGAGGAACUGAGGGUCCUGUGCACCCUGGGGCCCAAUGAGACAGCCCCCUUCAAGCCCGAGAGUCAACUGCAUGAACUUGACACCAAGCUGCUCCUCCAUUACUCACCUCAGGCCUGUAAGAACAACAUCUGCCUGGACCUGUCCCCUGGCCAUGGGCUGGACGGCCGCCUGACAGGCCACACGGUGGAGGCCUGGGACGUGAAGGAUGUGGUGAGCUGUGUGGGCGGCAUGGGCGCCCUGCUGCCCCUGCUAGAGCGCGUGGCCACGCAGCCCCAAGCGGCCGAGGCAGGUCCAGCUGAAACACAUGACCUUGUGGGGCCCGAACUGACCUCGGGCCACAACAGCCAGGGCCUGCUGCUCCCACUGGGCAAGUCCUCAGAGGAGCGGAUGGAGAGGAACGCAGUGGCGGCCUUCCUGCUGAUGCUGCGGAACCUGCUGCAGGGCCACGCUGUGAACCAGCAGAGCCUGGUGCAGUGCCAGGGGCCCGCCAUCGUCGGGGCCCUCCUGCGCAAGGUGCCCAGCUGGGCCAUGGACAUGAAUGUGCUCAUGUCUGCCCAGCUGCUGAUGGAGCAGGUGGCAGCUGAGGGCGGUGGACCCCUCCUGUACCUGCUCUACCAGCACUUGCUGUUCAACUUUCACCUCUGGGCCCUCAGCGACUUUGCUGUACGCCUUGGCCACAUCCAGUACAUGUCCAGCAUAGUCCGCGAGCACAGGCAGAAGCUGCGGAAGAAGUACGGGGUUCAAUUCAUCCUCGAUGCCCUACUCACCCACUACAGCCCGCAGCGGGAGCGCCCUCUAGCGGCCGACGACCUGCGCACAGUGCAGACUUCACUCCUGGGCCUGGCGCGGGAGUUCCUGGUACGAAGCCCUUCAGCUGAUGACUUGCAGGUCGUGCUGAACUUUCUGGCAGCUUCAGGUGAUGAUGGCCAGGUGUUGGGCGUCCUGGACCUGCUGCUGGCACUGCUGCAGAGCUCGUCCACGCAGGAGUUCCUGGCUGCCUUCCUGCUGGGGCCGGGGAGCCUGGAGGUGCUGCUAGCGCUGCUAGUGCAGCCACGGUCCCUGCCCCUGCUGUCCGACCGCGUCUGCCAGAUCCUGCGCAGGCUGCAGCAGAACGAGCGCUUGUCUGAGCGGAGCCACCAGCAGCUCUGGCUGCGAGAGUGUGGCCUCCAGGGCCUUGUCGCCUGCCUGCCGGAGGCGGUGGUCUCCCUUCAGCUCUGCCAGAACCUCUACAAGCUGUUCCUGGGGACAGACUGCCCGAACCUCUCAGACCUGAUGGCUGUGGUGCAGCUGUCCCUCCAGGCUGACCUCAGCGUCCGUCUGUACAUCUGUCGCCAGCUCUUCCACCUCAUCCACAAACAGCCCGACGUCGUGCGGCUGCUGGCCCGGCAGGCCGGCUGGCAGGAUGUCCUGACGAGGCUGUAUGUGCUGGAGGCCGCCACAGCCGGCGGUCCCCUGCCCUUUCCCCCCGAGCAGCCCGCCUCCCCAGAGCCAGCCGUGCCCAAGCCGCCCUCGGAGUCACCCGACCCUUCAGAUGUCUUCCUGCCCUCGGAGGCCCCCUGCCCUGACCCUGAUGCCCUUUACCAAGCUCUGUCCCCGUUCUGCGCACCCUUUGACUUGGGCCUGGAACGGUCCAGUGUGGGCUCAGGCAGUACCACAGGUGGUGGCGGCGGCGGCGGUGGUGGCGGCAGCAGCAGCGGGACUCUUACUCCGGCCAGCCAGCCUGGCACACCUUCCCCGCUGGAUGGGCCCCGGCCCUUCCCCGCUGCCCGAGGCCGCCACAGCUCCAGCCUGUCCAACGUGCUGGAGGAUGGCAGCCUCCCCGAGCCCACCGUCGGCGGGGAUGACAUCUCUAAUACCAGCAACCCACAGCAGACCCCUGAGGAGGAGCUGUGCAACCUGCUCACCAACGUGCUGUUCCUGGUGAUGUGGCGGGGCGUGGAAGGCAGCGACGAGGCCGCGUGGCGGGAACGUGGCCAGGUCUUCUCAGUGCUCACCCAGCUGGGGGCCUCGGCCACACUCGUGCGCCCGCCGGACUGCAUCAAGCGCAGCCUCCUGGAGAUGAUGCUGGAGUCAGCCUUGACGGACAUCAAAGAGGCCCCUCCUGGGGCCCUGGCCAGCCUCAUCCAGCAGGUGCUUUGGCUGCUGCGCCUGCUGCAGGACUUCCUGUGCGCGGAGGGCCACGGCAACCAGGAGCUGUGGAGCGAGAAGCUCUUCGAAGGUGUGUGCAGCCUGCUUGAUCGCCUGGGAGCCUGGCCCCACCUGGCCGGCGGCCCCUCGGACCUCCGAGAGAUGGCGCAGAUUGGGCUGCACCUCGUGCUUGGCUACAUCCUGCUGGAGGACCCGCAGCUGCACGCCCAGGCCCACGUGAGGCUGCACUCGCUGCUGCAGACCGCGGUGCCCAUGCGCCGGGAGGAGGCCUGCUACGUGCUCUCCAAACUGGAGGCCGUGCUGUCGCGGGCGCUUCACGCCUGCGAUGUGGCCGCCGAGGACCAGGAGACCCCCACCAGGGCUGCUGCAUCUACGGAGCGCUGCUCCUGGCUGGUGCCGCUGGUGCGCACGCUGCUGGACCGCGCCUACGAACCGCUGGGGCUGCAGUGGGGGCUGCCUUCCCUGCCGCCCACCAACGGCAGCCCCACCUUCUUUGAGGACUUCCAGGACUUUUGUGCCACGCCCGAAUGGCGUCACUUCAUCGACAAGCAGGUGCAGCCCACCAUGUCCCAGUUCGAGAUGGACACCUACGCCAAGAGCCACGAUCUCAUGUCGGGCUUCUGGAACUCCUGCUACGACACACUCAUGAGCAGCGGGCAGCGGCGCCAGCAGGAGCGGGCACAUAGUCGUCGGGACUUCCAGAAGCUGGUGCUGGAACCCGUGCAGCGGCGGGUGCGCCAGGAGGGGCUCCGCUAUGCCUCGGUGCUGAAGCAGCAGGCAGCCCAGCACUCCACGGUCCUGCUGCACUGGGGGGCGCUGUGGCGUCAGCUCUCCUGCGCGUGCGGAGCCUGGGCCCUGAGGGACCCGCCCACAUCCCGGUGGAAGAUGUCCAGCGCUGAGACGUACUCGCGCAUGCGUCUGAAGCUGGUGCCCAACCAUCACUUCAAUUCGCACCUGGAAGCCAGUGCCCUCCGCGACAACCUAGGUGAGGCCCCCCUAACAGCCACCGAGGAGGCCUCGCUGCCUCUAGCAGUGACCAAAGAAGCCAAAGUCAGCACCCUCCCCGAGGAGCUGCAGGAAGACCAGCUGGGCGAAGAUGAGCUGGCUUCGCUGGAGACUACGAUGCAGGCAGCGGAACUGGAUGAGCAGCAUGAGAAGUUGGUGCUGUCCGCUGAAUGCCAGCUGGUCACAAUAGUGGCUGUGGUCCCCGGGCUGCUGGAAGUCACCACCCAGCACAUAUACUUCUACGACAGCAGCGCUGAGCACGUGGAGACCGAGGAGGGCAUUGGCCACAACUUCCGGCGCCCGCUGGCCCAGCUCCGAGAGGUCCACCUACGGCGUUUCAACCUGCGCCGUUCCGCACUGGAGCUCUUCUUCAUCGACCAGGCCAACUACUUCCUCAACUUCCCGUGCAAGGCAGGCGGGGCUGCGGCCUCGUCUCCUUGCCAGUCCCCCAGGCCUCAGCCUCACCCCAUCCCACCCCACACCCAGAUACGGAACCAGGUGUACAAGUGGCUGCUGCGCCUGCGACCCCCUGCCCAAGGCUACCUGAGCAGCCGCUCCCCCCAGGAGAUGCUGCGAGCCUCCGGCCUCACCCAGAAAUGGGUACAGCGGGAGAUAUCCAACUUCGAGUACCUGAUGCAGCUCAACACCAUCGCGGGGCGGACCUACAACGAUCUGUCUCAGUACCCUGUGUUCCCCUGGGUCCUCCAGGACUACGUGUCCCCAACCCUGGACCUCAGCAACCCGGCUGUCUUCCGGGACCUGUCCAAGCCCAUCGGUGUGGUGAACCCCAAGCAUGCCCAGCUCGUGAGGGAGAAGUACGAGAGCUUCGAGGACCCCGCGGGCACCAUUGACAAGUUCCACUACGGCACCCACUACUCCAACGCAGCGGGGGUGAUGCACUACCUCAUCCGCGUGGAACCCUUCACCUCCCUGCACGUCCAGCUGCAGAGUGGCCGCUUUGACUGCUCUGACCGGCAGUUCCACUCGGUGGCGGCCGCCUGGCAGGCCCGCCUGGACAGCCUGGCCGACGUGAAGGAGCUCAUCCCCGAGUUCUUCUACUUUCCCGACUUCCUGGAGAACCAGAACGGCUUUGACCUGGGCUGCCUCCAGCUGACCAACGAGAAGGUGGGCGACGUGGUGCUGCCCCCGUGGGCCAGCUCUCCUGAGGACUUCAUCCAGCAGCACCGGCAGGCUCUGGAGUCAGAGUACGUGUCUGCCCACCUGCACAAGUGGAUUGACCUCAUCUUCGGCUACAAGCAGCGGGGGCUGGCUGCGGAGGAGGCCCUCAAUGUCUUCUAUUACUGCACCUACGAGGGGGCUGUGGACCUGGACCACGUGGCAGAUGAGCGGGAACGGAAGGCUCUGGAGGGCAUUAUCAGCAACUUUGGGCAGACUCCCUGCCAGCUGCUAAAAGAGCCACAUCCGGCUCGGCUCUCGGCUGAGGAAGCAGCCCAGCGCCUGGCGCGUCUGGACACCAACUCGCCCAGCAUCUUCCAGCACCUGGACCAGCUCAAGGCCUUCUUCGCGGAGGUCAUCAGUGAUGGCGUCCCCCUGGUGCUGGCCGUGGUUCCCCACCGACAGCUCCACUCCUUCAUGGCCCCAGACCUGCUGGUGACCGUGAGUGCCAGUGGGCUGCUGGGCACCCACAGCUGGUUGCCUUAUGACCGUAACAUAAGCAACUACUUCAGCUUCAUCAAAGACUCCAACAAGGUGCAGCGAUUCCUGAGUGGCCCGUGGGUACAGGACAGUGGCGUGAGUGGACAAGCCCUGGCAGUGACCCCCGAUGGAAAGCUGCUGUUCAGCGGUGGCCACUGGGAUGGCAGCCUUCGAGUGACCGCACUAAACCGGGGGAAGCUGUUGAACCAGAUCAGCCGCCACCUUGACAUAGUGACCUGCCUUGCACUGGACACCUGUGGCAUCUACCUCAUCUCAGGCUCCCGGGAUACCACGUGCAUGGUGUGGCGGCUCCUGCAGAAGGAUGGUGUCUCAGGGGGGCUGGCAUCCAAGCCUAUGCAGGUCCUGUAUGGGCACGAGGCUGCAGUGAGCUGCGUGGCCAUCAGCACUGAACUGGACAUGGCUGUGUCUGGAUCCGAGGACGGAACUGUGAUCAUCCACACUGUACGCCGUGGCCAGUUUGUGGCUGCACUACGGCCCCCGGGGGCCACGUUGCCUGGACCCGUGUCCCACCUGGCGCUGGGGUCUGAGGGCCAGAUCGUGGUUCAGAGCUCAGCGCGGGAACGCCUGGGGGCUCAGGUCACCUACUCCUUGCACCUGUACUCGGUGAAUGGGAGGCUGCGGGCUUCACUGCCCCUGGUGGAGCAGCCCACAGCCCUGGCGGUGACAGAGGACUUCGUUCUGCUGGGCACAGCCCAGUGUGCCCUGCACAUCCUCCACCUAAACAAGCUGCUCCCGGCAGCGCCUCCCCUGCCCAUGAAGGUGCCCAUCCGCAGCCUGGCUGUGACGAAGGAGCGCAGCCACGUGCUUGUCGGUCUGGAGGACGGCAAGCUUAUCGUGGUGGGCGCGGGGCAGCCCUCCGAGGUGCGCAGCAUCCAGUUCACACGGAAGCUGUGGCGGUCCUCCCGGCGCAUCUCGCAGGUGUCCUCUGGAGAGACGGAGUACAAACCCGAAGAGGCGCGCUGACACCCGGCCCCGCCCCCACGCAGGCUCCGCCCCGGAGGCCUCGCCCCGGAGUCGGCGAUUCGGUCCGCCGGCACCCCGGGGUGCGCGGAGCCCCACCCCCGGCAGCUCAGGGAUCCGUGGGCGGUGUCAC